AUGAGGGUGGAUUUUCAUUUAGAAAAUGAAUUUUUGAGAAGUUAUUUCUUGGGUUAAACAGUAAUAAAUUUCAACCACUUUUAAUUUUUGAAAGUUAACUUGAUUUCAAAUAAAAAAUAAUAUAAAUAUCAUAAAAUGAAGGGGUUCUGUAAUUUUUCGAAAAUUCUUCUUCAUUUCAAUAGAUUGAAUUCGUAAUCCAUGAAAGUGCAGCUAAGAAUGUAAGAAUUUUCAAUAUUUAUAGAGCUAAUUAAUAAGUGAAUAAGCAAUUCAGAUUUAGUUCUUUAAUCACAUCAUCACAAUACUUUACAUUUAGUAGAAACAAUCUAAUUGGGGCUAUCGAAUUGUUGGAAAGUAAUUAGUAUAAAAUAUUGACUUUAGUAAAUAAAAUUUUAAUGUAAUUGGAAGUGGAGAGUUGGAAUCGGAAAGGAAAUCAAGUUUGA